AUGGAACAACCCAGUUCAUAUCCUGUGGAAAUGCCUUUCCACGGCCAUGGACUUGCGCAUUCACAUCCACCUAACGGUCACCCAGAUAAUUCUCCAGCAUCUUCACAUUUAUCUUUAGCUGGUGAGGCUCCUCAGGUUGUCCGCUCUCAAAAACAACAAACGACUCAACAGGUUACGACGGUGACUAAAGUUUUAAGAGAAGUACACAGAGUGGAUGCAGAUCAAGGAUUGUAUUCGGAUGCUCCUCCCGUUCCCGGGGGACAGUAUCAAGAUAUCCCAUACGGUGAAUACGAUCGUUUAGGGGCUCAAGAAUAUCCAAAUGUCGAAUCGUAUCGACCCAGUCCAGGUUAUCAAGAAUACGAACAUUAUCCUGGUCAAAACGCUUAUCCAUAUCCGCCUAAUCCGAGUUACAAUUAUCCCGAACAUGCGGCAGCAACACCUAGUCCAAGCGAAUCUCCUCCACAGCAGCCAUUACCACCUCACGAUUAUUUAAGAAAACCGAGCGGAUAUCCGGGAGGAUACGACGAAUUCGAUGCCAGUAUUAUUCCACAUGCAGAUCAUUACAGGAUAACUCCGUCACCGGGAGUACCCGUACCCCAUGAAAUUUACGGUAAAGUCUUUUAA